AUGGCUCCCGACCCCAACAAGGCCGCCCACUACAUCAAGGCCCUCGACGAUGCGAGAUGCGAGGGCAAUUGGAGCGCCGUCCCCGAGUUUGUCCGCAAAAUCAGGAAACAUGCGCCCGAUCGAACAUGUCUGACCCUGGCCGCCGAAACGGAAUGCGCCAUCGCCAAAGCCACCGACCCCUCAGGUGCCGGUCGACCCUCGACUGCCGUCUCCGCCAAGGACCUCGAUGCCGCGAAUGUGCAGUCCAAGUUGCAGGCCGCCAUAGAAGGAGAGACAAGGUUCCCGGAGGACAGGUUCCAGGCUCAGGUCUGCGCCGGCUUGCUUCAUUGGGUGGCCGAGGAGUUCGAUCAGGCCGUCGCUAGGUUGCCUCGGGACAUCGAAGGGGAACUUGCGCAACUCGGUACGGCCGACAAGGUGUCGGAAUGGACCAACAUCAGCGCUCUGAAGGCCUCUUUCAUCAAGGCGGACUGUCUGGCACGCAAUAAUGAGACGGCUGAGGCGCUCUCCGUGUUCGACUCUGCAUUGCCCUCGGUCUCCACAGCCUGGACUGCUCGCAGCGCCCACAGGCAGUUCAAGGUCUGGUCCGAACUCUUCCUCACAGAGUACUGUGUGCUUCAUAGCGAAGCGCUUCGAUCGAACGAGCGAUCACUCGCCGAUCACAACUCUCUUGCCUGCUUCCGUUCCUGGGCUAGGUACUGGGAAUCCAUGUCAGGGCCGGUCACGGGAGGGUAUGGAUAUAGGGGCUCUGUGCCAAGACGACAGGUCUGGCUGGAGUACUAUCUGGCCUUGACGACGAUCCUUGAACUAGACAUACCAUUCCCCACGGGCUUCCUCGGCAAGGUCACCAACGCGGCCUCUACGAGAAGUCAACUCAGAAUCGAGCUUAAGAAAACGGAGGCUGCAUACGAGACUCUUCUCAUCAGCGAAACUAGUUUCCCGCGAGCCGAGGACACGCGAGAGGAGGUCGAGUCUUUCGUCAAGGCUGUCGUGAAGAACUGGUCCAUUCUCUGUGGCCGCGGAUGGAAAGAACAGGAUCUUGGCCAGGGAGGCCGUGAGAGUCUGAGCAGAGGCGUCUUGGACACCCUUUACGCCGCGGCGACGAAGACGUAUCAUUCUACAGCUAUCCUCCGCUGUCUCUUCACCGUCCAUCUGGCCGUGGCAGAGUUCGACCUGGCCUUCAAGGCGUUCGACUCAUAUCUCGACCUCAUCAGGCACGGCAAGGCCAGGGUCGACAAGACGGGCCAUCUGGAAGCGAGCCUUGACGACGACGGCACUGUUCUCGAGACGAUGUCGCAGUGCAUCCUCGCGCUGUGUCGCUACGGCGGCCCUGGAGCCAUCGAAAAGGCCCGGGUCAUCGGAAACGAGCUGGAGGAUUGGUUGGCGAGACUGCCGCAGUUGAGAAACGGCAUUGAAAACGAAAACACGGUGCCGGAGGAGGACGACGCGACUGCUCUCCACCCUCAAAUCCGUCCUCAUCUGAUUGCCCUGUCUUGGCAGGCAAUCGGCCUCUCUCAGGCUCACUGGUCGAGAAGCACGUACGAUGCGGCGUCACGAACUGAGAUCCAAACCAAGGCGAUCAGAUGCCUGAGGAAAUCCCUGUCCCAGGAGUUGGGCCGCACUCGCGAUGUCCGCAGUCUGUUUGCGCUCGGUCUGCUCCUCGCUGAGCGACGAGACUUGACCCCGGCGAUCGAGAUCGUCAAAACGGCGCUGAUUUCUAACAAGUCGGCAGACGACGAACAAGAUCUCUUCCACGGCCCGUACUGGCAGGAACGCUCCUUGAUCCCAUUGUGGCACCUGCUGGCUCUGUUACUGAGCGCGAGGCAGGACUACAACAUGGCGGCCAAGGCUUGCGAGGGCGGCUUCGAGCAGUUCGGUGACCCCUCUGUUCUGUUCGGAAGACAGGAUCUCCACUUCAAGAGCGAACACCUCAACGAGGUGGAAGCUCAGGAUGAGAAGACCGCCAACGAGCGUAGGGGCGUCGUGGAUGAUAUGGACGACACCGAAAGGGAGAGCGUUCUCGAAGUGAAGAUGACCCAACUCGCACUUCUUGAGCUACUUGAAGGGCCAGAUGUUGCUGUCAAUGCAUGCCCCGAGCUGAUGUCGCUUUUCAUGCGGCUGUUCGGCAACCUCGAAACCAAGCCAACCAUGCAGCCAUCGAGGACGGCCGACACCAUGGUGCCGAAGAGCUCAGCUGGCACGCUGAGAAGCCUAAAGGGGAGCUUUUUCGGAUCUACGCGGACGCGGCAAGCCAGUAUGACGGAAAGCGAAAAGACGACCACCCCAUCACGGCCUCAAACCAGCGCGACCAGCAAUGCACCAACAAUACAAGUCACUCAAGAAAGCGAAUCACCCACGGAGAAGAGGCACCGGCGGCUUUCUAGCGUGACGCGCCGGGCCCGGAGCGAAUCGGGCAAGAGACACAGCCUGCGUAAGCGGGACAGCAGCGGCGGCCGCAAGAGAACGGCCAGUGCCAGUAGCGCUGGCACAAACCCCAAUGGACCAACUGUCGUCGAUGGUGAGGUGUUCUUCACUCCCGCGGACGAACUGCAGCAGUCCGAAUUCUUCCCUCUCUCGGGCAAUCGCCAAGCCUCAACAGCAUCUUCUAUUUCCCGGGGCCGCUCCCUCCAUCACUUAGAGUCGUACGCAUCCCAGAAGUCGAGAUCAACGAAUUUCUCGGAAAUCUCUGCGAGCGGCACUUACACCAUCUCUAACCCAUUGCCCUUGAUCCACUUCCCAUUGGAUACGGAGCGGAGACAAAGGGCAGUUCUUCUAAUCAAGGUGUGGUUGAUGAUUGCGGGAUUCUACCGACGUGCCAACAUGUUUGAGGACGCAAAGGGCGCCAUCUCGGAGGCGCAGAAGCUCGUGGGAAUGCUUGAGGCCGAGGUCGCAAAGGAUCCCACUGGCUCCUUGUCCAUGCGAGGCAACAACUGGGCGGAAAGGAAGGGUGUCGACGAACUGUUAGGAGAUGUGUGGGCUGAGCUCGGCAACCUAUCUGUGGCUAAAGGGUCACCGUACUUGGCCCGGUCAGACUUUGAGAUGGCUCUGACCCAUUUCCCCGACCACCCGGCAGCGACCAUCGGAUUGUCCGACAUCCUGCUCGACAUCUACAGCGAGAAGAUUCUCCCGCCCCCGGCGAUCCCCCUUCUUAGCGUACCUGAGAACGUUUCCAGUGUUUCCCUGCCGCCCCCAGGCCUACCCAAGACAGCGGCUUCUCAGCGCGGCCUUCCGUCGGAGCCCCUCGGCCUCGGCUCCAGCGCCUCAGGUUUGGGAUCCAUCAAGACCAAUGCCCAGCAAUCCGCCACCACCGCGUCGUCGGUCCAAUCGCCGGACAGAUCGGAGUCCGGCGAGAAAUUGCCAGCCCCGUACAAAGCAACUUCGGUCCCCAAGAUUGACCGCCUCGCUGCUCGAGACCGCGCCUACGGUCUGUUGUCGUCGCUGACAAAGCUCGGCAGCUCAUGGAAUAACGCAGAGGCCUGGUUCGCCCUGGCCCGGGCUCACGAGGAGAGUGGCCAGGUCGACAAGGCGAAAGAGGUGCUUUGGUGGUGCGUGGAGCUCGAAGAGGGCACUGGAGUGAGGGGGUGGCAGUGUCUUGGAAGUGGUGGCUACGUGCUUUGA